CCCUCUUCACCAAUCAUGAAACUGCUCACCAUUUCUGCACUUGUCUCCCUCACAUGGGCAUGCGUCUUGCCCGAGGAGAGGAUCGGCGGUUCCAGCAGCCGCCUUGGCCGCCGCCAGACUACUGGGAACACUGGCAUUCCAGUCGGCACUGGGGAUCGUUUCAACGAUGGCAAGGAGUUGCCGCUGGGUGUUGGUACUCAGAAUAAGGCCGUGACGUCUGUGCUUAGCGUCAAGGAGAUCGAAAGCGGAUUCAGGGCGCUUGCAAGCCAUUACAAGUUCCAGACGUUUGAAGCUCCACAGAAAACAUACGAGGGGCGUUCAGUCUUUGGCGGCAAGGUCGGCGGCAAUGGCACUUGCAACGAUGCCUACAGGGUGUACCUCAACGGUGCGAUCCACGCUCGUGAACGGGGUUCUGCCGAUGGCGUGCUGUUCUUUGUCGCCGAUCUCCUCUACGCCAACGAGAAAAACACCGGCAUCACUUACGGCCGCAAGAGCUACACCAACGCCGACGUCAAGAAGGCCUUGUCGGCCGGCCUUGUCUUUGUCCCCUUGUCCAACCCGGACGGUGUCGCCUAUGAUCAGGCCACCAACAGCUGCUGGAGGAAGAACCGCAAUCCUCGGUCAGCUAGGGCUGGGGACGACUCGACGAUUGGCGUUGACCUGAACAGGAACUUUGACUUCCUCUGGGACUUCCCCAAGGAAUUUGCCCCGAGCGCUGCAAGUAGUGUGGCCAGCACCGACCCGAGCUCCGAGGUUUUCCACGGUACCAGCGCGUUUUCGGAGCCCGAGACACAAAACAUCAAGUGGGUUCUGGAUACUUACAAAAAGGUUCGGUGGUUUGUUGACCUCCACUCCUACACGGGCGAUGUGCUCUACAGCUGGGGGAGCGACACAAACCAGCAGAAGUAUGAUUACAUGAACUUCCACAACUCAAGCUACAACGACGUCCGUGGUAUCGUAAAUGACGUACCUGGCCGCGGCCGGGGUUACGGCGAGUAUACGCCGGCAUCAGAGGAUUCUGUCAACCAAGGUGCAGCCAAGCGAAUGGGCGACGCCAUGUCGGCUGCAAACGGUCGCAGAUACACGGUUUCCCAGGCAGUCGGUCUUUACCCUACUUCUGGGUCGAGUGACGACUAUUCCUACUCGAGGCAUUUUACCGACCCUUCGCUGAACCUUGUACAUGGUUAUACUGUUGAGUUUGGCUUUGGAAACAAUGCAGUACCGGACUGCCCUUUUUACCCAUCAGAAAGCCAGCACAACGAUAACCUGAGGGAGAUCGGUGCAGGUUUCAUGGAGACACUGCUGGCUGCAGUCGAUCUCGGACUUGGUGAUGCCACCAAGUGCUGA